AUGCAUGAGGUAGCGAGGCAUUUAACAAAGAAGUUUAAGUCGCAGGCUCCAAAGUAUAGAAACGGAGUCGCAGGCUCCAAAAGAAAUGGGAGAGUGUUUUCAGUACAACCACGUGUACUUCACCACAAUAAAUGAGCAACCUGCUACAGUGGAGGAAUUUGUGCCAGGACCCUUUGCCAAAUUGAUAAAUAAUGAUGGUAAGAAAGCCAAACCACCCGAAGAUGCAGAUGAUGUUUUAAAAGAUUUGUCUGCUAAAGCAGAGUGUCUGGUUCACUACACAUAUGAAUCAUCCAACCAACAACUCAUGCUACUAGAUAUACAGGGAUCUGGCUACUGUUUAUAA